AUGGCGAGUGCGUGUCAGGCCUAUGCCACUGUUUUCCCCGGGUUCCUUGGAGCCGACUGCGCCAAGGCUGCCUGCCCUGUGUUGUGCAGUGGGAAUGGACAGUACUCGAAAGGCUCCUGCCAGUGCUACAGCGGCUGGAAGGGCGCCGAGUGCGACGUGCCCAUGAACCAGUGCAUCGACCCCGCCUGCGGGGGCCACGGCUCGUGCAUCGACGGCAACUGCGUCUGCUCGGCGGGCUACAAGGGCGAGCACUGUGAGGAAGUGGACUGCUUGGACCCGACGUGCUCCAGCCACGGCGUCUGUGUCCACGGAGAAUGUCUCUGCAGCCCCGGCUGGGGGGGACUCAACUGCGAGCUGGCCAGAGUCCAGUGCCCAGACCAGUGCAGCGGGCACGGCACCUACCUGCCCGACACGGGCCUUUGCACCUGCGACCCCAACUGGAUGGGCCCCGACUGCUCCAUCGAGGUGUGCUCAGUGGACUGUGGCACGCACGGCGUCUGCAUCGGGAGAGCCUGCCGCUGCGAAGAGGGCUGGACAGGCGCCGCCUGCGACCAGCGUGUGUGCCACCCCCGCUGCACUGAGCACGGCACCUGUAGAGACGGCAAAUGUGAAUGCCGAGAGGGCUGGAAUGGUGAACACUGCACCAUUGAUGGCUGUCCCGAUCUGUGCAGCGGCAACGGGAGAUGCACCCUGGGUCCGAGCAGCUGGCAGUGUGUGUGCCAGACUGGCUGGAGGGGGCCCGGAUGCAACGUCGCCAUGGAAACCGCCUGCGCCGACAACAAGGAUAACGAAGGAGAUGGCCUCGUGGACUGUCUGGACCCCGACUGCUGCCUCCAGUCUGCCUGCCAGAACAGCCUGCUGUGCCGGGGUGCCCGGGACCCCCUGGACAUCAUCCAGAAGGGCCAGACGGAUGCACCCGCCGUGAAAUCCUUCUAUGACCGCAUCAAGCUCUUGGCCGGCAAAGACAGCACCCACAUCAUCCCGGGAGAAAACCCCUUCAACAGCAGCUUGGUUUCUCUCAUCCGGGGCCAAGUGGUGACGUCGGACGGGACCCCCCUGGUGGGCGUGAACGUGUCCUUCGUCAAGUACCCCAAGUACGGCUACACCAUCACCCGGCAGGAUGGCACGUUCGACCUCAUCGCCAACGGGGGCGCGGCGCUGACCCUGCACUUCGAGCGCGCGCCGUUCCUGAGCCAGGAGCGCACCGUGUGGCUGCCCUGGAACAGCUUCUACGCCAUGGACACGCUGGUGCUGAAGACGGAGGAGAACUCCAUCCCCAGCUGCGACCUCAGCGGCUUCGUGCGGCCCGACCCCAUCAUCAUCGCGUCCCCGCUGUCCACCUUCUUCAGCGACGCGCCUGCGCACAACCCCAUCGUCCCCGAGACCCAGGUCCUGCAUGAAGAAAUCGAGCUGCCCGGGUCCACGGUGAAACUCCGUUACCUGAGCUCGCGGACAGCCGGCUACAAGUCGCUACUGAAGAUCACCAUGACACAGUCAGCUGUGCCCCUGAACCUCAUCAAGGUCCACCUGAUGGUGGCCGUGGAGGGUCACCUCUUCCAGAAGUCAUUCCAGGCCUCCCCCAACCUGGCCUACACCUUCAUCUGGGACAAGACGGAUGCCUACGGCCAGCGCGUCUACGGGCUCUCGGACGCCGUGGUGUCCGUGGGCUUCGAGUAUGAGACAUGUCCCAGCCUGAUCCUCUGGGAGAAAAGGACUGCCCUCCUGCAAGGCUUCGAGCUGGACCCUUCCAACCUGGGCGGCUGGUCUCUGGACAAGCAUCACAUCCUCAAUGUCAAAAGUGGCAUCCUGCACAAAGGCACGGGGGAGAACCAGUUCCUGACGCAGCAGCCGGCCAUCAUCACCAGCAUCAUGGGCAACGGCCGCCGGCGCAGCAUCUCCUGCCCCAGCUGCAACGGGCUGGCCGAGGGCAACAAGCUGCUGGCCCCCGUGGCGCUGGCCGUGGGGGUGGACGGGAGCCUCUUCGUGGGGGACUUCAACUACAUCCGGCGCAUCUUCCCCUCCCGCAACGUGACGAGCAUCCUGGAGUUACGAAAUAAAGAGUUUAAACAUAGCAACAACCCGGCUCACAAGUACUACCUGGCGGUGGACCCCGUGUCCGGCUCCCUCUUCGUGUCCGACACCAACAGCCGCCGCAUCUUCAGAGUCAAGGCCCUGAGCGGCGCCAAGGACCUGGCGGGCAACUCGGAGGUGGUGGCGGGCACGGGCGAGCAGUGCCUGCCCUUCGACGAGGCCCGCUGCGGGGACGGCGGCAAGGCCGUGGACGCCACGCUGAUGAGCCCUCGAGGCAUCGCCGUGGACAAGAACGGACUCAUGUACUUCGUGGACGCUACCAUGAUCCGGAAGGUGGACCAGAACGGGGUCAUCUCCACCCUGCUGGGCUCCAACGACCUCACGGCCGUGCGACCCCUGAGCUGUGACUCCAGCAUGGACGUGGCCCAGGUGCGCCUGGAGUGGCCCACGGACCUGGCGGUGAACCCCAUGGACAACUCGCUGUACGUGCUGGAGAACAACGUCGUCCUGCGCAUCACGGAGAACCACCAGGUGAGCAUCAUCGCGGGGCGGCCCAUGCACUGCCAGGUGCCGGGCAUCGACUACUCGCUCAGCAAGCUGGCCAUCCACUCGGCCCUGGAGUCGGCCAGCGCCAUCGCGCUCUCGCACACGGGCGUCCUCUACAUCACCGAGACGGACGAGAAGAAGAUCAACCGGCUGCGCCAGGUCACCACCAACGGCGAGAUCUGCCUGCUGGCGGGCGCGCCCUCCGACUGCGACUGCAAGAACGACGUCAACUGCAACUGCUACGCGGGGGACGACGCCUACGCCACGGACGCCAUCCUGAACGCGCCCUCCUCCCUGGCCGUGGCCCCCGACGGCACCAUCUACGUGGCCGACCUGGGCAACAUCCGCAUCCGGGCGGUGAGCAGGAACAAGCCGGUGCUGAACGCCUUCAACCAGUACGAGGCCGCCUCGCCCGGCGAGCAGGAGCUGUACGUCUUCAACGCCGACGGCAUCCACCAGUACACCAUGAGCCUGGUGACGGGCGAGUACCUCUACAACUUCACCUACAGCGCCGACAACCACGUCACCGAGCUCAUCGACAACAGCGGCAACUCCCUCAAGAUCCGGCGGGACAGCGGCGGGCAGCCCCGCCACCUGCUCAUGCCCGACAACCAGAUCAUCACGCUGACCGUGGGCGCCCACGGCGGCCUCAAGGCCGUGGCCACGCAGAACCUGGAGCUGGGCCUCAUGACCUACGACGGCACCACGGGUCUCCUGGCCACCAAGAGCGAUGAGACCGGGUGGACGACUUUCUACGACUAUGACCACGAGGGCCGCCUGAGUAACGUGACGCGUCCCACGGGGGUGGUGACCAGCCUGCACCGGGAGAUGGAGCGCGCCAUCACCAUCGACAUCGAGAACUCCAACCGCGACGACGACGUCACCGUCAUCACCAACCUGUCCUCGGUGGAGGCCUCCUAUACCGUGGUACAAGAUCAAGUUCGAAACAGCUACCAGCUUUGCAGCAACGGGACCCUGCGGGUGCUGUAUGCCAACGGCAUGGCCGUCAGCUUCCACAGUGAGCCGCACGUGCUGGCCGGCACGGUCACCCCCACCAUCGGCCGCUGCAACAUCUCCCUGCCCAUGGAGAACGGGCUCAACUCCAUCGAGUGGCGUCUGCGGAAGGAACAGAUCAAGGGCAAAGUGACCAUCUUCGGGCGGAAGCUGAGGGUCCACGGGCGGAACCUCUUGUCCAUCGACUACGACCGGAACAUCCGCACCGAGAAGAUCUACGAUGACCACCGCAAGUUCACGCUGCGGAUCAUCUACGACCAGGCGGGCCGGCCCUUCCUGUGGCUGCCCAGUAGUGGGCUGGCCGCCGUCAAUGUCUCCUACUUCUUCAAUGGGCGCCUGGCCGGCCUGCAGCGCGGUGCCAUGAGCGAGAGAACUGACAUCGACAAGCAGGGACGCAUCGUGUCUCGUAUGUUCGCCGACGGGAAGGUGUGGAGCUACUCCUAUCUGGACAAGUCCAUGGUCCUGCUGCUGCAAAGCCAACGCCAGUACAUCUUCGAGUACGAUGCGUCCGACCGCCUGCUGGCCGUGACCAUGCCCAGCGUGGCCCGCCACAGCAUGUCCACGCACACGUCCAUCGGCUACAUCCGCAACAUCUACAACCCGCCCGAGAGCAACGCCUCGGUCAUCUUCGACUACAGCGACGACGGGCGCAUCCUGAAGACGUCCUUCCUGGGCACGGGCCGCCAGGUGUUCUACAAGUACGGCAAGCUGUCCAAGCUGUCGGAGAUGGUGUACGACAGCACGGCCGUCACCUUCGGCUACGACGAGGCCACGGGCGUGCUCAAGAUGGUCAGCCUGCAGAGCGGCGGCUUCUCCUGCACCAUCCGCUACCGCAAGGUGGGCCCGCUGGUGGACAAGCAGAUCUACCGCUUCUCCGAGGAGGGCAUGGUCAACGCCCGCUUCGACUACACCUACCACGGCAACAGCUUCCGCAUCGCCAGCGUCAAGCCGGUCAUCAGCGAGACGCCGCUGCCCGUGGACCUGUACCGCUACGACGAGAUCUCGGGCAAGGUGGAGCACUUCGGCAAGUUCGGCGUCAUCUACUACGACAUCAACCAGAUCAUCACCACGGCGGUGAUGACGCUGAGCAAGCACUUCGACACGCACGGGCGCAUCAAGGAGGUGCAGUACGAGAUGUUCCGCUCACUCAUGUACUGGAUGACGGUGCAGUACGACAGCCUGGGCCGCGUGGUCAAGCGCGAGCUCAAGCUGGGGCCCUACGCCAACACCACCAAGUACACCUACGACUACGACGCCGACGGGCAGCUCCAGAGCGUGGCCGUCAACGACCGGCCCACCUGGCGCUACAGCUACGACCUCAACGGCAACCUGCACCUGCUCAACGCCGGCAACAGCGUGCGCCUCACCCCGCUGCGCUACGACCUCCGGGACCGCAUCACGCGGCUGGGCGACGUGCCCUACAAGGUGGACGACGACGGCUUCCUGUGCCAGCGGGGUGCCGACGUCUUCGAGUACAACUCCAAGGGGCUGCUGACGCGCGCCUACAACAAGGCGGGCGGCUGGAGCGCCCAGUACCGCUACGACGGCGUGGGCCGCCGGGCCGCCUCCAAGACCAACCUGGGCCACCACCUGCAGUACUUCUACUCCGACCUGCACCACCCGACCCGCGUCACCCACGUCUACAACCACUCCAACUCGGAGAUCACCUCGCUCUACUACGACCUGCAGGGCCACCUCUUCGCCAUGGAGAGCAGCAGCGGCGAGGAGUACUACGUGGCCUCCGACAACACGGGCACCCCGCUGGCCGUCUUCAGCAUCAACGGCCUCAUGACCAAGCAGCUGCAGUACACGGCCUACGGUGAGAUCUACUACGACUCCAACCCCGACUUCCAGAUGGUCAUCGGCUUCCACGGCGGCCUCUACGAUCCCCUCACCAAGCUGGUGCACUUCACGCAGCGCGACUACGACGUUCUGGCCGGCCGCUGGACCUCCCCCGACUACACCAUGUGGAAGAACGUGGGCAAGGAGCCGGCCCCCUUCAACCUGUACAUGUUCAAGAGUAACAACCCCCUGAGCAAUGAGCUGGACCUGAAGAACUACGUGACCGAUGUGAAAAGCUGGUUGGUGAUGUUUGGGUUUCAACUGAGCAACAUCAUCCCCGGUUUCCCGAGAGCCAAAAUGUACUUCGUGCCUCCCCCCUACGAGCUGUCGGAGAGCCAGGCCAGCGAGGACGGGCAGCUCAUCACGGGCAUCCAGCAGACCACGGCGCGGCACAACCAGGCCUUCCUGGCGCUGGAGGGCCAGGUGCUGACCAAGCGGCUGCACGCCAGCGUCCGCGAGAAGGCCGGCCACUGGUUCGCCACCACCACGCCCAUCAUCGGCAAGGGCAUCAUGUUCGCCAUCAAGGACGGCCGGGUGAGCACGGGCGUGUCGAGCGUGGCCAGCGAGGACAGCCGCAAGGUGGCGUCGGUGCUCAACAACGCCUACUACCUGGAGCGCAUGCACUACAGCAUCGAGGGCCGGGACACCCACUACUUCGUCAAGGUGGGCUCGGCCGACGCCGACCUGCUCACGCUGGGCACCACCAUCGGCCGCAAGGUGCUGGAGGGCGGGGUGAACGUGACCGUGUCCCAGCCCACCCUGCUGGUCAACGGCAGGACUCGAAGGUUCACCCACAUCGAGUUCCAGCACGCCACGCUGCUGCUGAGCCUGCGCUACGGCCUCACCCCGGACACCCUGGACGAAGAGAAGGCCCGCGUGCUGGACCAGGCCCGGCAGCGGGCCCUGGGCACCGCCUGGCUGAAGGAGCAGCAGCGAGCCAGGGACGGGCGCGAGGGCAGCCGCCUCUGGACGGAGGGCGAGCGGCAGCAGCUGCUGGGCACGGGCCGGGUGCAGGGGUACGAGGGCUACUACGUGCUGCCCGUGGAGCAGUACCCGGAGCUGGCCGACAGCAGCAGUAACAUCCAGUUCCUAAGACAGAACGAGAUGGGCAAGAGGUAACGGCGUGGGUCUCCUGCCAUCCCUCACCCGGGUGGCCGGGCCGGAGUAAAACUGUGCUCUCCUAAGGAGAUGAGGACCCUACCAGGAAAACCGAGCCGAGAGGGGCCGCGAGGGGCACCGGGGGCAAGGCAAGCUCACAUUUUCUGAGUUCCCGUGCCCGCCCGCCCACCACACCUUCCCGCCUUC